AUGCGUCUCGGGUUCUUUGCCGUCCUUUUCGCCUCGGCCGCUGUCUUGGUGUCUGCCGCUCCGUUCCCUUUUUUGCAAGGUCCUGCCGCAAAAGCACAUCACCAAGCGCAGGCAGACCACCAUCUACGCCAAGCAGAAGUUCACUUGGGUCACGCAGAGACACAUAGCAAUCAUGCCGAUACAGCAACAGCAAAUGGUAACCACCAAGCGGCCGCGCAUCACACGGCUCAGUAUAAUCACCAUAUGGCACAAGUGGAUCAUCAUACCGCCGAACAUGAACGCCACCAAGCUCUGGCUGACGCACACCCUAAUUAUCCGCAACAUCACCGUCGGAACAUAGACGAGUUGGAUUAG